GGGGACGAAGGAGGAUCCUAAGACAAAAUUAUUCAAUUACAAGACGAAAGCAAUAAACCCGACCACGAGCUACAAGAAUUACAAAAUUCGGGAGGAAUUGCGCGACUUCCACGAGCACAUUUCGCAAGUGUCAGACACACAGUUCGACGACGGGUCAUUGACGCAUAUCCCGACUGUGCCAUACGAGUUCUCAACUGGAUACGAGGCUAACAUUGGUGCGACGAGGUUCCAGACACCCGGGGUACUUUUUAACCCGGCGGCAUCGUUACCCUCCACCGGAAGAAACCUACUCGACUUGAACGACCCGAAAUACAACAUGGGCAUCUCAGAGCUGAUUAUGCAUUCGGUCAGCAAAUGCGAUCCGGAUAUCCACUCGCACCUCUACAACAACAUUGUCAUCUCCGGGGGUACGACGCUUAUACCCGGGUUUGUGGAUAGGCUCCAGAACGACCUGACCAGUAAGAUCCCAGUGGGUAUGAAGGUGAGGCUUGUGUACGCCUCGGGGCAAGAACGCAGGCAUAGUUCGUGGAUUGGGGGCUCUAUUCUGGGUUGUCUGGGUGCCUUCCAGCAGAUGUGGAUCAGCAAACAGGAAUAUGAGGAAUCUGGCGCGAGCUUCGUUGAAAAGAAGUGUGCAUAAUACUCGGACGGUAUGGUCUAUCAUACGGGUUCACAUAAUCUUCAUAGCAAUCGUGGUAGGUGACAUACAACUGCACCGAGACAGUUACGAUAUCGCACCUGGUACCGUCUGCAGUGGUACACUCCGAUGCGCGUCAGUAGUCAUACUUGAUGUAUGGGGGGGCCUUCGGCUUGCUGCACUCAUAAAGUGUUUACCUUCGUAUACAUCUCUAUCGAGCCUGUUGUGAAGUCGGUGCAAUGCUCAUCGCAGCGUGUCGGCCUGUUAGUAAGUAUCACUGUGUGUCAUACAACGGCGCUCAGGACGAUGUCUUAGUCUCCCAAUAUUGAGUUAUGGUCCGGUUGUUGCCAAUAUCGAUCAAUCGGAAAUAUCAGUUUGUCACACACCGCACAGUCCACUGGGCCCUGAACGGCAAAACUCGGGGACCCUUAUUAGGUCGCAACCAACUCGAAGUACAAAUUGGGAUAGUAGUUGCUAUUCCUAACUGCUGGCGUGCGAACAAUGUGCUUUAGCGAACUGGAAAACUUAUCCCGCAUACCCGCUUGACUCCUUUGACAUAUUCGCUAAAAGGUCAAUAAACAGC